CCGCUAUAUAAUCUUCGAGCGAGAGAGAAGGCGCCGCAGUCUGCCUUCACGUCCAAGCUAAAGGUCUAACCCCAACGCCUUCAUCCUUCCUCCAAAGAUGGUCAGCGGAAAGCCUUCAGUGGCGGUGGCUCUGCUCGUGGCGGCCCUGGCGCCCCUCGCCCUCGCCUCCGAGACCCGACACUACGCCCCACACACGGCCGUCCUUGGGGGCGUGGCCGGCCUCCAUGGCGCGGGGGUUGCGGGCGGCGUAGGACACGGCCUCAGUGCCGGCUUAGGACACGGUCUGGGUGCCGGACUGGGCCUCGGACACGGCGUGGCCGCAGGAUUCGGCCAGUGCAAGAACUGGUGCAAGGCCCCCUCGGGCAGAUACGAGUGCUGCGACGACCUCAAGCCCGGCCAGUGCCCUCCCGUCCGCCCCACGUGCCCCUCCGUCAGGAGCGACCUCCCUCCCACGCCGUGCACCAACGACGCCUACUGCCCCGGCACCGACAAGUGCUGCUACGACGUCUGUCUGGAGCACCGCACCUGCAAGCCCGUCAGCGCCUUCUACUGAGGCGACAAACUCUAGUCACAAGGAGCUGCAACGCUUCAGUCCUGAUAUUCUGUUCAUUUCCACUCAGCUAUCAUCUACAUCUCGAAAAAUACUUCAUUAAACAGGAGAGCUUCAAGGCCAGUUGUCAUAUAUAUGUAUUAUAAUAAUAAAGUUAAAACUUGUAUUUCCGAUA